AUGGAUGGAGGCAACCAGAGCAAAGACUCUGAGUUCCUCCUUCUGGGGCUCUCAGAGGUUCCUGAGCAUCAGCACGUCCUGUUUGGGACCUUCCUGUCCAUGUACCUGGUCACAGUGGUGGGAAAUGUGCUCAUCAUCCUGGCCAUCGGCUCUGACUUGCAGCUGCACACGCCCAUGUACUUCUUCCUGGCCAACCUCUCCUUCACUGACCUCUGCUUUGUCACCAACACGAUCCCCAAGAUGCUGGUGAACCUUCAGUCCCAGAACAAGGCCAUUUCCUACACAGGAUGUCUGACCCAGCUCUUCUUCCUGGUGUCUUUGGUAGCCUUGGACAACCUCAUCCUGGCUGUCAUGGCAUACGACCGUUAUGUGGCCAUCUGUCGGCCCCUCCAUUACACCACAGCCAUGAGCCCUAAACUCUGCAUCUUGCUCCUCAUCUUGUGCUUGACCCUCUCUGUCCUCUAUGGCCUCACCCACACACUCCUCAUGACCAGAGUAACCUUCUGUGGGUCUCGGAAGAUCCACUACAUCUUCUGUGAAAUGUACGUCCUGCUGAGGCUGGCGUGCUCCGAUGCGCACAUUAAUCACAUGGUGUUAAUCACCACAGGCUGCGUCAUCUUCCUUGCUCCCUUCGGAUUCAUGGUCACAUCCUACAUCUGCAUCGUCAGAGCCAUCCUCAGAAUUCCCUCAGCCUCCAGCAAGUACAAAGCCUUUUCUACCUGUGGCUCCCACUUGGCUGUGGUGGCCCUCUUCUACGGGACCCUCUGCAUGGUCUACCUGAAGCCCCUGCACACCUACUCCAUGAAAGACUCAGUAGCCACAGUGAUGUACGCAGUGGUGACUCCAAUGAUGAACCCUUUCAUCUACAGCCUGAGGAACAAGGACAUGCACGGGGCUCUGGGAAGGCUUCUAAGGAAGCCGCUCCUGAGACUGACAUGA